GCCCUUUCCCGGAAGCUGACAGUCAUCUGAUUUUCUUUCUUACUCUUUUUUUUCCAGCUUCCUAGUUAGCUACCUCACCUCCAAGCAACCAAAGACUGUGAUACUUUAUUUCUCAGUCUUUUUCGACUUUCCGGCUUCUUCUCCGUACAACGAACUCCACGAACUUCUCGCCAACCUCCAGAAUCAUGGACGAGACGAGUCCGCUUGUCUCUCCGCUCCGUGACUCAAAUGAUUUCAGCUACGGUCCGACAGAACCCACCAGCCCGCGGGGCGCCUUUGGAGGGACGCCGGGAUCUGUGGUGCGCAUCCCUGCCGGCAGUCCGAGUCGCAGUCGGGAGAGACAGCCUCUCCUGGACCGGGACCGCGGGACCUCGCCGCGGGAACCGCACCGGAACGAAUUCCCGGAGGAUCCUGAGUUCAGAGAGAUUAUUCGCAAGGCCGAGCGAGCCAUUGAGGAGGGGAUCUACCCAGAGAGGAUCUACCAAGGAUCCAGUGGCAGCUAUUUUGUCAAAGACUCACACGGGAAAAUCAUCGGUGUGUUCAAACCUAAGAAUGAAGAGCCCUAUGGCCAGCUUAACCCCAAAUGGACAAAGUGGCUCCAGAAACUGUGCUGUCCCUGCUGUUUUGGUCGCGACUGCUUAGUUCUCAACCAGGGCUACCUCUCAGAGGCCGGUGCUAGUCUGGUGGAUCAGAAACUGGAGCUCAAUAUCGUUCCGAGGACCAAGGUGGUAUACUUGGCGAGUGAAACAUUCAACUACAGUGCCAUAGACAGGGUGAAGUCUCGAGGUAAAAGACUCGCCUUGGAGAAGGUACCAAAAGUGGGUCAGCGCUUCCAUAGGAUUGGACUUCCUCCUAAGGUUGGCUCCUUCCAGCUCUUUGUGGACGGAUACAAGGAUGCAGACUUUUGGCUUCGUAGGUUUGAAGCCGAGCCUCUACCGGAGAACACCAACCGUCAGCUUCAGCUGCAGUUCGAACGCCUCGUAGUCCUCGAUUACAUUAUCAGGAACACAGACAGGGGAAAUGACAACUGGCUUCUCAAGUACGACUGCCCUAUGGACGCUGUGGGGAACCGGGACACAGACUGGGUUGUAGUGAAGGACCCAGUAAUUAAGCUGGCAGCCAUAGACAAUGGUCUAGCCUUCCCUCUCAAACAUCCUGACUCCUGGAGAGCAUAUCCUUUCUACUGGGCAUGGCUCUCCCAGGCCAAAGUUCCUUUCUCCCAGGAAAUUCGAGAGCUAGUCCUACCAAAGCUCUCUGACCCAAAUUUCAUCAAAGAUCUCGAAGAGGACCUCUAUGAACUAUUCAAGAAAGACCCUGGUUUUGACAGAGGACAGUUUCACAGGCAGGUCGCUGUCAUGAGGGGGCAGAUUCUGAACCUGUGCCAAGCCCUAAAGGAUGACAAAACACCCCUGCAGUUGGUCCAGAUGCCCCCAGUGAUUGUCGAAACUGCCAGAGCCCCCCAGAGAGCCAAUAGUGAGUCGUACACGCAGAGCUUCCAGAGUAGAAGACCUUUCUUCACCUGGUGGUAAAGGGGAGCACGCACUGGGAGGAGGAACAGCAGGAAGCGAGAGAAGCGAGUACACCUUUUGUCUCCUGGAAAUGGAUUUCAUCGCCACCGUCCCCUCCUUCUCCAAAUAGACACUGCAAUUAAAAAAAAAGUGAGUGUGUUGGCUCGAGAGAUGAGGCAAAAAGGGGAAGAAGUUCACACCCUAUCUUCCUGUUUUGCCUUGGUGCCUUGCUUGAAUGUGAAGAAGUCUGAAUUUUUCUUUCUUGCAAAGAGACGUCAGGCUUUUCUAUUGGAGUCUCCAAGGGACACGUGUGAUCGCCCACAUGUGCAUGCCAAUCAGUCAAAAACAAAAGUUGUCUAACUGAAGAUGGGAGAUGUCUCGUCCCACGUCGAUGCUUUCUCCAUGCCGCUCUGCCUUUUAACAUUCACCCGUAUAUUCACCACUCCCACAUGGUUUAAUUAACCGCACUGGUAUGGCCUACCAAUAAAAAGUCUUUAUUAUGAUUAAGCCCCUUAAGGUUUAGGGAAAUGGACACACUGUGCACGUCAACACGGUGAGCACGAAAUGUGAAGCGGUUUUACCACUUGUAAUAGAUUCUCCCUACAGUUGACAUGAGAUUUUUCGAAGUCACGUAUGUGGGGUGACGAUGAUGGAGAGCUGAGCUACCGAUCGGUAUGAGUGCUUAAAGGCGGCGUUGGUCACGCUGAGAUAAUUCCUAGCCUAAUUAUUCCACUUUCACCACUGAAUUCGUUGACCAGUGAGGAAGGUAGAAUCACCCAAUCUACAUCUGCCAGAAGAAUCAAGGAGAUUGUUGUUGAUUCAUUGGCUUCUGCUCAUGGCUUCAUUCGCUAUUUUUUUUUUUCUUCCUUGUCGGGUGGAGCCGCAUAAAGUAACUUCCUGCUGUAUAGAACUGACAAAUGUAUUGUGACAAUGCACUGUAUAAUUUGUAUGUAAUAUUUAAUAAUAGAUUAUAAUAAAAAAAAUCUUCCAUUCA